CCCAACCCAUUAUCAAUGGAUCUACUUGGGUUUGGGUAUAAUUACCCAUGGGUGGGUAAUUUGCCAUCCCUAGCUAGGAUAAGUAGUGCUUAGAUUGGGUGAUAGUCGUGUAAGGGAGUAGUUUUCAAUUUCUUGGCAGUUUAUAUGCUCGUCGAGCAAGGGAAAAAGCAAGACAAUUGUGUCGGUUGGAUUCGUGACAAUUGUGUCGGUUGGAUUCGAAUACACGACUAUUCGAUCAUGCUAUUGGUAUGACUUGAUUGUAAGUCUGUUUUAUGGUUGAUCUUGGUGUAUUUAGUAAUACAUUUGGCCACAUUUGGUUUCUUACAUAUAUUAAAAAUUCAUCUAAAAUUUGAUAAUAAAAUCCGUUUGAAAUUGAAUAUGAAUAGGGAAAAAAGUUUGGAGGAUGUAAGGCUAAGACUAAAGUUGAAUACCCAUGGACAAAGCUCAAAGAAGUUGAUUAAGAUGUUUGGACGUUAUUAUUUGGAAUAAGGCAAGAUAUGCUAUCACAAACAUCCUUAUCGUUAAGAAUUGUCUAUCAACAAUAUGACCAAUUAAUGACAAAAAAUGACAAUGGAAGUGCUUGAGUGGUGCAUUUUUUCUUACAAAAUUAUAGCCCAAGUUGUGAACUCGUCUAGACUAAAUUUUAUACAAAUUUGAUUGCAAGAUGGAACAAGUACUAUUAAUGAUUUGAUUCGUGACGAAGACAAUCGACGGCAGGCUCAAACUCACUUGAACUGUACAAACGUAUAGUGUUGAAUAUCAAACCUAUAUAUGGUUGUUGUCACUCAUGAGUGCAUCCAUAAUUUAACUGGCAUGGAGGUAUAUAUUGAUUAUUCCUCAUAGUGGAGAAGUUUGUCAAACAUAAAUUUCAUUGCGGUAAUCACAUUAUUUAUAUAACUAUUGGCAAAAACUCUGUACAUCUGACCUUGAACUGUCAUUUUAUAUCGAAACAAAGUGAAAAUUAAAAAAAAAAGGUCUUCUAAAGCAAUACUAUUCAAUAUGACUAAAGAAAAAUAUGAAAGAAAUGAGGGUGUUAAUUUAACUAGACUAUUGUUUUCUUCCCCAAAAGUUUUAAAAACACAAUAUUUUUGGACGUAAACUAUGAUAAGUGAGGACAACUAUAAGAUGAUAAGACUUAAGAUAUAAACAAAAUGGUCACUUCUUUUAAUCGGGCUAUACAGAUUUGCCACUUUUAUUCAGGAUUAGACAUAUGUUGCUUAACUAUAUGUGAGCAUGCAUUUUGUAGGGAAGCAUAUGAAAGUGACAUACGAAAGAAGACAUGCACAAACGUGGAUGAGAAGUGCACGUCAUUCUUUCUUGUGCUUUCCCUUUGUGAUUUUGCCCACUUGCCCUAGCCUUAAGAGGCCUUUUUCAGUGGUCGCUCGCCACACUUCCCCAUUAACACAAAGUUGACAACCCUACCACCAAUGUAAGCAUGCCGACGUUUGCCUAGCCCUUAUCACCAACUUGGGCUUCGCAUAUGGAACAAAACCUGAUUAUGGGCGGGUGACGCACAAAGCUAGAUGCUUCUAAUAUAUUUGAAGUCUUUGUUUGAAGUAUAAUCGUUUUACUUUGAAGUUAUGAAUUUCCGUGAAGGUGUAGGAUUGCUCGAGAGAUCGAUAACAAUCACGUGUUGUGUAGUGUGCGUUGACGUUGUCUGAGUAGAUCACAGUAAAUUGAUCGAGUCUUUUAUUGAGUAGUUCAUCAGAAUACACACCUUGCGGAGGAGGGUUGUGUGAGAUUGUCGGGUUACUAUUCAGCACUCAUGUCAUUGGAUUGAGAAGUUAUUGGGUAAAAUAUUUUGGGUACCAUUAAAGUAUGAGAAUUGCAGGAGCUAUACCACUUAAGUUUGAAUAAGGCGUCGGGUACCACUGAACUCUAUUAUAUGUGCACCCGAUACGACUUAAGUUUACUGUUAAGUGCAUUUCGCUAAAGUUGACAGAACAUUCUUAGAAUAUUCCAUUUUCUAAAUUUCAGAAAUAGUCCUUCUACUUCUUCUUAUUGUAAAAAUCUUUAGAACUUAUGAAAAACGUUAUUUUUUUAGUUGCGAUCUUCUUUUAAAAAAUCUGGUACCGAACCAAUAUUUGAAUAUGAAAUUUAUAAUCAAUACCAUUAUAAGUAUUUUCAAUUAUUAUUAUGUUCUAAUAAUUGAAUUACUUCCCGAAACAAAUAUCCCGUGAAUUUUAUCUCAACAUAAAUAAUCUGAGAAUAUUAUAUUUGAUUCUCUUACAUCAUUUUGACGUUGUCUAAUUGUCCAUGUGAAAUCUCCUUGUAAUUCUCUAAUAUUAUAUUGUAGAUGUUGCAUAUUAGUUAAAGUUACUUAUUCGGUAAUUCCAAUUCUUUUCCUAUAGUCAUAUUUUCUUUUCUAGAUUUGUUAUCAAAUAUUGUAGCUUUUAUAGUUUACUUAUUACUUGGUUACUUUCCCUUUCUAAUUUUUUUUUCCAUUAAUGAAAUAUGUUUAAUUUUCAAAUUGUGUUUCAUUUCUACUUCUUUGGUCUUGAUGCAUUGAUGAUCAAUUAGAUUUUAUUUUAAUUGUUUUUAGUGGUGCUUUUAAUUGACUUAGGAAUUUAAAUAGAUAUUUUAAUAUUAAUAUUAAUUAAUUAUUAUUAUCUUUUAGUACAUUUAUUAUUUUUUCUUGAUAUUCGUUUAUUAUUUUGACUAAUUUAUCUGUUAUAUUGAAAACAUUUCAUUAGCCAUGAGUUGGAUGGAAAACUAGACGGAUGCACUUUUUAGAGACUUUAAUGGUACCCGACACCCUAUUCAAACUUAAAUGAUAUAUUAUAUAUGCUCCAAUUCUCAAAUUUAAAAGAUACCUGAGAUAUUUUACCUAAAACUCAUUAUAUGAUUGUUCGGAGAUUCAAAGAGCAUUGGAUGUGUCAAAGAAGGGUAGCAACUUAGACAUUGGAAUGUAAUACUUUAAAUCGACUCCAUAUCAAUAUUCACGCUCUCUACUUAUCUCGACCAAAUUGACAUAUCUGAUGGUGCAGUUCCGUUUCAUGUUACAACUUACAAGGAGUCUGAAAGGUGUGUACCAAAUUUUCAGCAAUGCAACUUCUUUAUUAGUUUUCCUAAACGAUAAUUUUCUUUGGUAGACAUAAUUUUUUUUAUGGAACCUAAACGAUUAUUUCUGAUUCAAAUAUUAAAUAUUGGACUUUGCAUGAUAAGUAGUUUCAAAUAGACAAAUACUAAAGAGGAAAAACUCAGACUUGGGCCUAAAAGUUAGCCCACAGUGUCAAUUAUCCAUUUUGGGCCACCUGCUACCAUCUCGCAUUGUCGGCUUCAUAAGUUCAAGGAGCUACGUAGACCAAAGUAAACCAGUCAAUUAGGUGGGAUCCUUUUUGAACCUCCUCAUCGCCUGGCAGAGAUGCAGAGAUGACUGCAGAGAGAGACGAUGGAUCUCCAUGAUCAUCGGAAUCCCAUCAUUGCUGACCAGGCACAGUAUCCAUCAGUCAACGUUCCCACUACUUAUGACAAAAAGGGCCAACCAAAACAGCAGAAGCUUCAUAGCAAAGAUCAAUGCAGUAAACCCAACACAGAAUAAAAUGAUGGAGAGCACCGAGUUAAUCACUAAAGACAAGCUAGAAUUCCUUGGCAUUAUCAAGGAAUCCUUGAAAAUACCAGCUAAGAAACCCACAUUCAUUCUCCUUUCCUUUCUCACUUCAGUUCCUCCAUUCUGCUUCUUCCUCUGGCAACACCUCGUCCUUCACCAGCUCAUCUAUGAAGCAGGAGCCAACUUCGUUGCGGUAUACGAUCCCAUCUGCGGGACGCAUUGGCCACUCUGCUCUUUCCCGCCGCGGUAUUCACUAGACUCCACCUUGGAAUUGAUCCAGCGGCUCAGUCCAACACUAGCCCUCUCGGCCUUCUCAUACCUCACUAUCGGCCAUUUCCUGAAUGUCCUAAACACCAUCGUUCUAGUUCACUCAGCAUCGACAAUUUAUGCGGAGAAGGAAGCCGGAAGCUUGAAGGAAAUGUUGUUCAUCAAGCCAUUUCAGGAAGUGGGUUCAUUGAGGGGGCCAUACAUCACAUCAAUCUACAACUUAGCUAUGGUUUGGCUGACAUUGGCUGGAGUUGCAUCGUUCGUCGUCCAAAUGGUUUCUUUCCCAGUCAAUGGAUUGCUUUCUCAGGCGGUGUUCGGGUUGGUUGCUAGUGCCCUGGUGGUAAAGUAUUUGGAGUGGAGCGCGAUCUGGAACGUGGGUUUGGUGGUCUCUAUCCUGGAAGAGAAGCAUGGGUAUAUUGGGAUUUGGGUCGCAGGGUAUAUCAGCAGGGGAUGCAGAGGCAGGGGAUUUCUGUUAAUGGUUGUUUUCCUGGUUUGGAGGGUUUUCUUGAGGAUGCUAUUUGGGUACUAUGGUUAUCUGAACAAGGAAUCUGGAUCUAUGGUGGUUUUGAUUGCUGUAGGAGAAGGUGGAUUGGUUUGGUUUGGGGAAGUGAUGAAUUGGGUAGUUUGCACUGUUUACUACUACGACUGUAAAAGGAGGUUUCUGGAGAAGAAAGUUGAUUCGGAGAAGCAAGGGGGCACAAAUCUUGUCUAAGACAAGAACAUCAUUCGAGAGAGACGAGAAGGAAAUCAGCAAAAUCAAAUGCAGUCUUUUAU